AUGGCGAGCAUCAAUCGCGAACUACGGGAGCAGCUGCUAUCCAAGACGAAGAAGCGGCGGUACCGAGUGGCCAUGUUGGACGCCUCCCAGCAGCGGAUACGCGCAGGCAUCGAAAACACCCUAAACAUAAAACACCACACGAAAUCCGUCCUUCAAGAAACCAGAAAAUGUUGCCCAAAAGUGAACUGCAACCGCGCGUGUUGCAGCAAGGUAAUGCACGAGAUGUUCCCCUUUAUCCGCAUCAUGCGACGGUACAGUAUAAGGAAGAACCUGCUUCAGGACGUCGUUGCCGGGCUCACCGUCGGCAUCAUGCAUAUUCCUCAAGGUAUGGCCUACGGAUUCCUGGCCCAGCUGCCGCCCAUCUAUGGCCUGUACACGUCCUUCUUCCCCGUCCUUCUCUACUUCUUCUUCGGCUCCUCCAGGCACGUCUCCAUCGGUACGUUCGCCGUAAUCAGCCUCAUGGUGGGUCAGGUGGUCAACAAGGGGUAUCAAAGUCACGUGGGUCUGAAAGUCCUAAACGAGGGAAACUCCACACUCGCGCCUAUGUUGCUGGGUAACGGUAGCACACUGAUCCCACCCAACCCACAAAUCGAGCCCCUCGUACGGACGGACGGGUACGCGAAUCCCAUCAAACUGGGCUUCGCGCUGUCCUUGACAUUUGUAGUUGGAGUCGUUCAGCUGCUGAUGGGCGUCACACGGCUGGGCUUCCUGGCCUCCUUUAUGUCGGACCCCUUCAUCUCCGGCUUUACGACGGGGGCGGCGGUGCACGUGUUCUCUAGCCAAAUCAAGCAUGCGUUCGGCGUCAACGUCCACACCUACCACGGACCACUGUCUCUAAUCUACUUUUACCGCGAGUUUUUCCUGAACAUCCAUACGACGAACAUGGUGACGUUCACAGCGUCUGCCACGUGCAUCCUGUUACUCGUGCUUAUCAAGGAGGGCAUCAACAACAACAAGGAGUGCAAGCCACACCUCCUCAUGCCCGUGCCCAUAGAGCUCGUUGUUAUCAUGGUCAGCACAAUCGUGUCUUACUACACAAAACUGGACACAAAGUUUGGCGUUACUGUGGUCGGCGACAUCCCUUCUGGGCUGCCCGUGCCGACGGUGCAUCAUUUCCGGUACAUCCCGGAAGUGCUUGGGGACGGACUAACGAUCGGGUUUAUAGCAUUUGCAAUUUCCUUCUCCAUGGCCAAGAUCCUCGCGGAUAAACACGGUUACAGGGUUAAUGCCAACCAGGAAUUGGUGGCGAGCGGCGUGUGUAACUUUGUCAGCUCGUUUUUCUCUGCCUACUGUUCCGCCGCCUCGCUCUCGCGAUCCCUCGUGCAGGACACCGCAGGCGGAAAGACCCAGGUUGUGGGUCUGGUCUCGUCCACUGUGGUGCUGGUCGUGCUGCUCUACAUAGGGCCGUUGUUCGAGUCUCUACCAGAGUGUAUCCUGGCGAGUAUCGUGAUAGUUACACUGAAGGGCAUGUUUCUCCAGUUCAGGGAAAUCAAGCGACUCUGGCGGCUCUCCAAAAAGGACCUCGCUGUGUGGUUGGUGACGUUUACGGCAGUGGUCGUGCUGGACGUGGCCCUGGGACUUCUCAUAGGCAUCGUCUUCUCUCUCUACUUUGUUCUCAGACACUCGCAGAAACCCCAGAUGAGCCAGUUGGGGCAGUUCCCGGGGACCGGCGCAUACAAGGACAAGACAACCAAUAAACAGGUAGUUGAAGUUCCCGGAAUGAAGAUCUUCCGGUUCGAGACGUCAAUCUACUUCGCCAACGCCGAGCAUUUCCGUGAUCGCCUGUACGAGAAGACCGGUCUCAUCCCCCGAAAGUUGCUCAAGCGGAAACGCCGGGCCAUGCACGAGACACUCGUGCGGAGGAGGCAGGAACUCGAGCAGGUUGAGUUGGAGAGAAAAAGCAAAGCGGCACGUGCCCUGGGGCGGCAGUACAGCUUGGGGGCGGUGACACCGCGGCCGGUUGACACAUACGAGGAGCAGUUGAAGGAGGCGGCGGAACACCGGCUCGUGCUGAACAGAUUCGCCAAGGCGUGGCAGCCCCCCAUCAAUAUCCUUAUUAUCGACCUCUCCGUCGUCAACUAUGUUGACACCGUCGCCGUUCGGAUGAUGUCUGAUGUUGUAAAAGACUACAAAAACGUUGGCAUCAAAGUAUUUUUAGCAGGAUGUAAACCGGACGUACGGAUGAUGCUGAGGAACGCUGAGUUCUACAAGUCCGUAGAUUACACGUGCCUGUUUUUUACCGUGCACGAGGCGGUGAUUAUUGGCCAGGAAAUCGUCGAUGAGGAAUUCAAGAGACAGUUUCCACCAAAGGACCACGUCAGACUUAUGGUUGAACUCAACAACAGUAAUCCUGACAAACCAUUGGAUGACGAUGAAGAUAACUUCAACGACGAUGACGAGGAUGACGAAGAGGCAGAACAGGCGAAGAAUAAAGAUCAAUCUGAGUUAAAUGACGUUAAAUCUGACGACGAAGAGUUGUGGUUUGAUACAAGUGAUUUUGAUUAUGAGCUCAAAGAAGUUCGCCACGAGACAGUUGGGUUGCUAAGCAACGCCGGAGCAGCAGGGUCCUCCUCUGAUGUGAAGAAAGUGGUUACUUUUAAGAGAGAGGGAUCGCUAAUUAAUGACGAUGACUUCGAUAUGGUGAAUCUUAAAGACAACGAAAAACCAAAUAAAAGUGCUCGUAGUAUGUAUUAGAUAAAUAACAGAGAGUGCAAAUUACUUAAUCUGUAAUGGCAGUGCGGUGUUCAUGUUUCUGAUAACCCUCAAUGAUUAACGGUACAAUAGCCGGUAAUGGUGGUAAAUGUGGAGCGGUUUUGUACAAAAGCCUGUGUGUCCCGAUUCCAUCAACAUGGAUGUAUGAUAUUUCAUGAUUUAAAUUAUGCUUACACAGACCAUUGUGUGUAUGUAUGUGUGUGUGUAAUGAUAUCGCUGUUUUGUCUAUGUGAAACAUUACUGUACAUAUCCGAUGUGUUUGAAAUAUUUCCGAUUUAUAUUAAAACUAUUUCCCGAAUUGUAAUAAAACUAUA